UGGGGCUCAGGUUUCACGAUCAUGUGAUGGGAUGAAGCUACUGGAGUUCUGAGAACGGAUGUCACUCCUCCCCCAAGGGAUGCUGCAUUCGCUUUGAAAUUGACUGUGUUAGUGCAGAUACAGAGGCUCUUUUAAGGCUAGAGACACCGGUGCCAGGUCGAUGAGGGAAGAGCCUCUCCAUGUUCACCCAGCGCUUGGACUGAAUCCCUGAACAUCACAUAUUUGUAGAAUUUUUCCAAGCUACCAAGCAGCCCUAAGUAGGGGGCUGCAGUUGGGCCCUAGGUAGCUCAAGGAAUGAUGCAGCUGUGGCAGCCCUGCCUUUAUUCCUGCCUCAUCAGCCUCUGGCCCCUCCCUGGGAAGUCUUGACCCUGUCUGUGGGCAGGAGAGUGUGACCCUGGAACUCUGGGCCUGCAGCUGGGGUCUCUUGGAUUAGACCAAGGCCAAUGUGCAGGACUUCUGAGGCUUCUGUGACAAAUGACCAGGAACUGCAGACACCUGCUGCCCCACACUUGGAAUCCAGAAAUCCAGCACAGAACCCGUCCCCACUAGCCAUGAAUUGAUGACCACAGGAGAACUGUAGUUGGCAUGAUCUGUCUGCCAGUAGUGCUUUCUGAUCAGGACUCCAGAUACAUCCAGUGGAUGAACCCACUUCAGAACACUGCUCCACAGUUCUGAUGCUCUGGGCGGUACAGCUAUGGGCUGCAGGAGGAAGAGGAGGGCCUGGCCCUUCGACAGUGGCCCUGGAUGCAGUUUGGCCGGGCAGCGAACACCAUGGCACAUACAGACACAGUCUUGACCAAGGAGCCAGCCCCACAGUCAAUAGAGGCCUGUGACCUGCCGAAAAAACUGUAUGACGUGGCUUGCAACACCGGUGCCGACACAUCCUCCGGCAUGGUCACCGCUGGCUUCCGCACGGCCAAAUACCUGAUGGACGAGUGGUAUCAGAACAGUUACGCCCGCUACCACCAGGCCUUCGCUGACCGGGACUACUCAGAGCGGCAGCGGCAUGAGAGCAGGCAGCUGGCCGCGGAGACGGAGGCGCUGGCCCAGCGUACUCAGCAGGACUCCACCCGCAAGGUCGGGGAGCGCCUUGAGGACAUGCACUGCUGGAAGUCGGAACUGCAGCGACAGAUAGAUGAACUGUCUGGCGAGACGGACCUGCUGCUGGCCCAGAAGCUGCGGCUGCAGCGCGCCUUGGAUGCCACGUCCGUGCCCUUCUCCAUCGCCACCGACAACCUGCAGUGCCGAGAACGCCGCCAGCAGCCAGAUCUCGUCCGGGACUACGUGGAGGUGGAGCUGCUGAAGGAAACGGAGCUCAUCAAGAACAUCCAGGAACUCCUGAAGAGGACUAUGGCGCAAGCUGUGGGCCAGAUACGGCUGAACCGGGAACAAAAGGAGACCUGUGAGAUAAGCUGGUCAGACAAAGUAGAGACCUACAACAUUGAUGAGACCUGCUCCCGCUACUGCAACCAGAGCACCCAGGUGCAGUUCCAUCCGCACUCCGCCAAGUUUGAAGAGAGUGCCUCCACGCCCGAGUCAUGGGCCAAGUUCACUCAGGACACCCUGAUUCGAGCUGAGCGCGAGCGGGUAGCCUCGGUUAACCUGCGGCAGUUAAUUGACUGCGUCCUGCGGGACACGGCCGAGGACCUGAGGCUGCAGUGCGACGCAGUGAACACGGCUUUCUCGCAGCGCUGCGAAGAGCUGGAUGACACGUACCAGAAGCUGCAGUACCAGCUGCGAAAGACGCUGAGGGAGAUCACCGACCAGGAGUACCAGGUGGGAGCCUUGAAGCAGGCCAUCAAGAACAAGGAGGCCCCUCUGCGUGUGGCCCAGACCCGCCUCUACCAGCGGUCACACCGGCCCAAUGUGGAGUUGUGCCGGGACAGGGCACAGUUCAGGUUGCUGAGCGAGGUGGAGGAGCUGAACAUGUCCCUCAAUGCACUGAAGGAGAAGCUCCUGGAUGCGGAGCAGGCGCUGCGGAACCUGGAGGACACACGCAUGAACCUGGAGAAGGACCUUGCCGUCAAGGCCAACAGCCUCUUUAUCGACCGCCAAAAGUGUAUGGCGCACCGCAGCCACUACCCCAGUGUCCUCCAGCUGGCUGGCUACCAGUGACUGGGGCUGCCCCCACCCCCGGACCUCACUGUCUCCCUCAAAUAAAGAGCACCUUAGCUUUCCACC